AUGGACAAAAAAGGAAACUUUGAAAGGUUAAGAUAGAAAUUAAAGAGUGAUUUAUUUAAGAAUGAGUCUAAUUAAAAAUAGUAUGCUGAAGAAAUAAUAAACUAAUGUCCCUAAAUAUUAGAUUAUGUUCAUUGUUCAAGUUAAAGUGAAUUUAAAGAAGAGCCGACUUAAUUAAUAGAUUAUAUCUCAAAUCAGAAACAUUUAGAGUAGAUGAAACAUUCCUUCUAGAAUUAAUAUUAAAUAGGUAAGAUAUUAGGUGAAGGUGCACAUGCAGUCGUUCGAUAAUGUUGGUAAAUUACAAAUCCUGAUGAAACCUAUGCUGUCAAAAUUACUAGGAAUCCUGACCCUGAAAUUACAGAAAUUAUGAAACAAACAUUCCUAAAUACAGUCUCUUUGAAUCAUCCAUACAUAUGCAAAACUAAUAUGCUUUAUAUAGAUCCUAAUAUGGAGUGUUCAUAUCUUGUCAUGGAAUAUUUACCAUAUCCUAGUCUAUAAUAAAUACUUAAAGAAAGAUAGAAACUAGAAUUUGAAGAAGUCCGCUUAAUUAUGAGAUAAUUAUUUGAAGCACUAUCAUAUAUCCAUAAAGUUGGAUUAUGUCAUAGAGAUAUUAAACCAGAUAAUAUUGUAUUUGAUAAUGAUUCAAACACAAUUAAAUUGAUUGAUUUUGGUGUUUCAAAAAGAUUUCUUGUUACUGAAAAAAGUUGUAAAGACAUUAAAAAUAACCUUUUAUGGACUGUUACUGGAACUAUGCCAUAUCAAGCUCCAGAAUUAUGGACAGGAAUAGGAUAUUCUAAUAAAAUUGAUAUAUGGGCUGUUGGUGUUGUUUGUUAUUAAAUGUUAUGUGGAAGAUUACCUUUGGAUUAAGAAAACUAAAUGGAAAGUUUUUCUACUUAAACUGAAUAUACUGGACAUUUUCAAGAAGAAUCUUUUAUUAAACUUCCACCUUUAAUUAUUGAUUUUAUAAAAAGAAUAUUAAAAUGGGAUCCAGAUAAAAGAAUUACAUCCUAAGGUAUUCUCAAUUUAUAAUUUAAAAGAGGCUCUCCUUCAUCCUUGGCUUUAUUAACCAAAGUUAAUGCCUAAAUAUUACAAAGGAAAAUCUAAAGAUGAUAUAUUCUCUCGAUCAAGUGACAAACCUCUUUUGGCACUUGUUAGAUCUAUGUAAGCUAAUGUAAAAAUAUUUUAAUAAUCUGUUUCAAGUGUCAACGAGCAUUUCCUUGAUAAAAACAACUUCAACAAAAAUCAUGGAUAAAUUAUAAUUGGUUUUAAAGAAACUAGUCAAUAAAUAAGAGACAAAUCCAUACACUUUCAAUAAUCAAUUCAUUCAAUGAAUCUUAACAAAUGUACUCUUAAGCCUAACACAGAGGAUGUUAAAGACUUUUUUGAUAUUAUUAGUUAUUGUGACAGUAAUUCCUCAUUUGAAGCUUUAGAAGAGAAACAAUAAUUAUAAGUUUAAUAAUAAAAAUAAGCUUAAUAACAGCAAUAAUAAAAAUAAGCUUAAUAACAACAACAAUAAAAAAUUGCAUUUUCUUAAAGAUUAGGAAUUAUUAAAGAAGAACCAGAAACCCUAUUAGUAAACAGUUUCAUUCCUAAUAUUCAUUCUGAAGUUCAAAAUUGA